AUGCAGAAUCUGUCGGCGCUGGUCGGCGCCGGAGCGGGGCCGCCCGCCAGACUGUACGUGGGUUCCAACGACGAGCGAACGACGACGACCAGACCGGUCGGUCACCUCGUGGCCGAGGCGGCGUGCCUGUCCGUGACUUCUGGUUACGACAAGAAGCAUCGCAAACGCAAGAGCAGGAGGGGUAGGGGUAAGAAGGGCGCAGUGGUCGAAGGGGACGACGAUGACGAGGAAGUAGCAGCAGAAGAAGCGGCAGAAGAAAAAGGAGCAAUGUCAGGAACAACUGGCGACGAAGGAGACGACGAGGAUGAAGAGAAAGAAAAAGAAGUGGGACGAAAGGAAGACAAGAUGGAACAAGAUUAA